AUGCAUCUUAUAAGGCUGAGGUGUACCGAUAGGAUGUCGGUGUCUGUUUUGAUUACCAUAGGAGUGGAUAAUACAAUCAAAGAACUGAAGGAGGAAAUAUGCCGGCAUAUAGGAAAAGACAGGGAGCAAAUUACUCUUAAGAGGGAAAAUAGGGAACUAGCAGACAGCAUUGAAAUUGAUGCAUACGAGCUUAAAGAUGGGGAGUGUAUAGAGAUUGAGUACAGAUGA